UGGUCAAAUGUAUUACGUAAUUAGUCAAACGUUAGUGAAACAACGCAGAAAAGGUUUGCUGAGUCUUCAGACCAAAGUCAAACGCCUUCUAUUUGUUUCUCUUCCACUGCAAUGAGACAAUUAUAAAAUGAUACCUACCUCAUUGUUUAAAUAGACACCUUUCAGGUAAUCGAUGACUCCUGCUCUCAAGGAAAUACUUGGGAAAAACGCCAUAUUUAUGUAGUACUAAUUCAGCUAGAAAGUAUUUAAACGAGCACGUAAACAUUUGGGAUAUAAAAGUGCGGUAUGGUUGCUGCCACAGCUUCCGCAUACGUCACAGGAUAGGUCACGUGGUGUCGCUCACAGAAGGGGGAGACAACAAAUUUUAAAGUGAGAAUGAUAAUCAUUAGUGGGAGUUAUUCUGGUAUGUUCUAUACAUAAUAGUUUAACUUGUCUUUUUAUUUUUAUUUUUUAAGAAAAACAAUGACCACGUCGUUGCGUGAUGACGUCAGCAGGGAGUCAUUAACAUGGCGUCUUUUCUCCUGAGUUAGCGGCGGACGGCAGACGCUCAGCGAAGCGGCGCACAGACGGCGACGAAUAACUGAUUAAUGACUAAUAACAACCUCCUAACGUCCACGUUUGCUUUCGCCGACUUGUUCGCCGCGACUGGGACACCAUAGGCGACUCUUGGCCGCAUGGAGUUAGUGUUGGAAAAGUCGCCGAGGCGUUUUGUGGACAAGAGAGCUGCUAGCUAAUGUUAGCUGGCUGCAGCUGUGGACUCCCAAGGGCUCAAGCUCACUAUUGUGGUCCACUCGCGGAGGAAAUAACUUCACCCUUUUUUUAACAAUGGGCCUCAUAUUCGCCAAACUAUGGAGCUUCUUCUGUAACCAAGAGCACAAGGUGAUCAUCGUUGGCCUUGACAACGCUGGGAAGACGACAAUCCUCUACCAGUUUCUCAUGAACGAGGUGGUCCACACGUCUCCAACCAUCGGGAGCAACGUAGAGGAGAUCGUGGUGAAGAACACUCACUUCCUCAUGUGGGACAUUGGAGGCCAGGAGUCACUCAGGUCCUCGUGGAACACAUACUACUCCAACACAGAGUUUGUCAUCCUGGUGGUGGACAGCACGGACCGGGAGCGUCUGGCCAUCUCCAAAGAGGAACUCUACAGGAUGUUGGCUCAUGAGGACCUGAGGAAAGCAGCUGUGCUGAUAUUCGCCAAUAAGCAGGACAUGAAGGACUGCAUGUCAGCGGCGGAGAUCUCCAAGUACUUGACGCUGAGCUCCAUCAAAGACCACCCCUGGCACAUCCAGUCCUGCUGCGCGCUGACAGGAGAAGGACUUUGUCAGGGUUUGGAGUGGAUGACCUCCCGAGCUGGACUGAGAUAGCCCACCCCAGUCUUCAAAGACGUGAGCCUGCCCCACACAUUUUGUUUCAGACAGCAGCAUGGACCGUUGGCUGCUUGUCUGGGAAACUUCACACAAAAAUCAUCAGGAGCAAAGGACAAGGAUUUAAGAUUAUAACACACCUGCACCACACUUUGUUUUUUUAAACGUUCAAGGUCAAACAAAAAGGGACGUUGCUAAUAUGUCAAGACAAAGCUCAUUAUUGCACACUACUUCACCCCAAAUGAACAGGCGUCUUCUUUUUUUCUUUCUCUUGAACAGGUUAAACCAGCCUUCAUUGGUGGAAGGAUCAUUUUUAAUGACAGUAUUUGAAAAUGUAUUAGCUAGUUGUUUUUUAAAGAGAAAUGGUGCUCUUGCAUGCGUGCAUUAUUCCCACUUUUCUAGCAAGGUCAGGAGGUGACGUCAGUAUUUGAGCCACAGGUGAAGAUCAGCCUUAACCACCUUUUGACGCUGGUGGCUCAGGUGUUACAUGUUUGAUUGCAUUAAACCUUCUUGAGCCGUGA